CCAUGAGCCGCCGCGUGGUGCGCCAGAGCAAGUUCCGGCACGUCUUCGGGCAGCCGGUGAAGGCCGACCAGAUGUACGAGGACAUCCGCGUCUCCAAGGUGACGUGGGACAGCUCCUUCUGCGCCGUCAACCCCAAGUUCCUGGCCAUCAUCGUGGAGUCGGGCGGCGGGGGGGCCUUCAUGGUCCUGCCCCUGGCCAAGACGGGCCGCGUGGACAAGAACCACCCGCUGGUGACGGGGCACACAGCGCCCGUGCUGGACAUCGACUGGUGCCCCCACAACGACAACGUCAUCGCCAGCGCCUCCGAGGACACCACCGUCAUGGUGUGGCAGAUCCCCGACUACGUCCCCGUGCGCAGCAUCACGGAGCCGGUGGUGACGCUGGAGGGGCACUCCAAGCGCGUGGGCAUCAUCUGCUGGCACCCCACGGCCCGCAACGUGCUGCUGAGCGCAGGCUGCGACAACCUGGUGAUCCUCUGGAACGUGGGCACCGGGGAGAUGCUGCUGGCGCUGGAGGACAUGCACACCGACCUCAUCUACAACGUGGGCUGGAACCGCAACGGCAGCCUCCUGGUCACCACCUGCAAGGACAAGAAGGUGCGCGUCAUCGACCCGCGCAAGCAGACGGUGGUGGCGGAGAUAACCAAACCGCACGACGGCGCCCGGCCCAUCCGCGCCAUCUUCAUGGCCGAUGGCAAGAUCUUCACCACCGGCUUCAGCAAGAUGAGCGAGCGGCAGCUGGGCCUCUGGGACCUGGAGAGGUUCGCGCCCCACGAGGGGCUGAGGCCCGUGCGGGCCAUCUUCACGCGGGAAGGACACAUCUUUACCACGGGCUUUACCAGGAUGAGCCAGCGGGAGCUGGGGCUGUGGGACCCGAAGAACUUUGAGGAGCCCAUCGCACUGCAGGAGAUGGACACCAGCAAUGGGGUCCUACUGCCCUUCUACGACGCCGACUCCAGCAUCGUGUACCUCUGCGGGAAGGGGGACAGCAGCAUCCGCUACUUUGAGAUCACGGACGAGGCGCCCUACGUGCACUACCUGAACACCUACAGCAGCAAGGAGCCGCAGCGCGGCAUGGGCUUCAUGCCCAAGAGGGGGCUGGACGUCAGCAAGUGUGAGAUCGCCAGGUUCUUCAAGCUGCACGAGCGCAAGUGUGAGCCCAUCGUCAUGACGGUGCCGCGCAAGUCAGACCUCUUCCAGGACGACCUGUACCCCGACACACCGGGCCCCGAGCCGGCCCUGGAGGCAGAUGAGUGGCUGUCGGGGAAGGAUGCGGAGCCCAUCCUCAUCUCACUGCGGGACGGAUACGUCCCCGUCAAGAACCGGGAGCUGAAGGUGGUCAAGAAGAACAUCCUGGACAACAAACCCCCCCCGGGCCCCCGCCGCAGCCACUCCAAUGCCGACAUCUCUACCCCCGUCCUGGACGAGGUGCUGGAGGAGAUCCGGGUGCUGAAGGAGACGGUGCAGGCGCAGGAGAAGCGCAUCUCCGCUCUGGAGCACAAACUCUGCCAGUUCACCAACGGCACGGACUGAGGCACGGGCAUGGGACUGCGCCCAGCCCGGCAUUAAACCGCAUCCCGCAGCGGG